AUGCCUGUUACCGUCGUCCCCCGCCCGUCCAUUGAGCCUCAACUUCAUCCAAGCUCCUUCCAGUUCAUUGAUGUCGGAGUGAACCUUUCAGACCCCGUAUUUCGCGGCAGCUACCGAGGAAAACAACGUCAUGAAGACGACAUGGAGGACAUGCUGCAGCGGUCAAAAGCGGCAGGAGUGGUGUCGCAGAUUAUAACUGGAACUUCUUUGCGGGAGUCGCAAGAAGCUGCUGCCCUCGCCAAACGAUUCGGCCUUUAUUUCACUAUUGGCUGCCAUCCAACUCGCGUCGCCGAGUUCGAUAGACACAAAGGCGGCCCCCAAGCAUACCUCGACGCCCUGGAAAAGCUCAUCAGUGCGAAUCUCAAAGGCAAGGGCCGCGUUGUCGCUGUUGGUGAAUGCGGUCUUGACUACGACCGACUGCACUUUGCCUCAGAAGAGGUCCAACGCAAGUACUUCAGGAUUCAACUUGCUUUGGCGAGGAAGUAUAAUCUCCCCUUGUUUCUUCAUGACUUUGUGAAGAUCUUACGCGAGGAGGGUUUUGCAGAGAAUGACAAGGCACUUGGUGUUGUCCACAGUUUCACUGGCACUCCUGAGGAAGCCAUUGAACUGAUGGACAUGGGCUUUCACCUAAGUGUGAAUGGCUGCUCAUUAAAGACGGAAGACAACCUUCGAGCCGCCAAAACGAUACGCCCGGAACGCAUUCUGCUCGAAACUGAUGCUCCGUGGUGCUCAAUGACUGGUGGUCAUGCUUCAAAGGAGCACUUAGCGUCUUUGCCGCAAUCGUUGCGAGAUGUGUACUUUCCGCCAGCUGCUCGACCAGAGCAAUUUACUACAGGCAAAGCGGUCAAAGGAAGGAAUGAACCCUGUGCCAUCGGCGGGGUUGCGUGGGUCAUACACAAGCUUCAUGGCGUGCCAUUCGACAAGGUAGUGGCCAAAGCCUUCAAGAACACGUGCGAGUUAUUUGGAUUGGACGACAUUGAGCCAAACAGUCCCAGUUGA